AUGAGUCGUGAGGCGAUUGGGUGGAGUGGCCGCUUGGGCGCAGUCACGACCACUCCGCCCUUCUUUGCUCUGAUUGGCCUGUGGCGGGGAGGCGGGACCAGGAACCUGACCUCCUAUUUACAUUCUGAUUGGCUGCCGGGGACCGGUGGGGGGGGUGUGCGGGCUUCUGUGUGCCGAUUGGUCCGACUCCGCCCCUCAGCGGCCCCGCUCCGCUGUCCGCGUGCGCCUCACGGGUCCGCAGUGCCCGGAGCCCACGUCCCGCUGCUGGCCCGGACGCCGGGCGGGCCGCGAGAGCUGCGACCGGCUGUUGUGGCGACCACGUGCGGGAGCGCCCGGCGCGGCGCUGGCUGCUCCUCGUGCCCCCGUCCUUGGAGCCGGCGUGUCAGCGAGGGGCCUCAGCCACAAAGAAUUGGGCCUUGGGGCCGAAGGACCCCCAGGAGCUGUCAUGUCUGCAAGGGUCGCUCCAGGGACUCAGACGGGUGUGCGGGGCCUGCAGCGCUGCCUCGCCAACAGCCGAGGCGCCACGGGCGACAGCUGUCCAGAGUCUGCACCUGGGUUGCCCUAGGGCUCCUCUCUGUACAUCACUUGUUUCCCCGGGCCAGGAGACAAGGACAGGUACCAAAACUGGCCCUAUCUCAUCCCUGCUUGGGGUCUUUCAAGCAGGGCCUGGAGCCUGGAGAUAAAGGCAAGGGGGGGGGGAACGCCUCUCAGUGCUGGCACCCUGUGACUAACGCUGGGCUUUGCAGCCAGGAGACAAAGGGCAAAACACUCUGCUCUGUGUCAGCAGGGAUCCGGGUUUCCCUCUUCCCAUGGAAAAGUGAGAUAUCUGUAGGUGGCCCUGGCAUUCCCUGCAGAAAUGGGUCACCUGGUGGGCUGCAGAGGCCCUGGGGAAGGGCAGCAGGUUGGGAGCCCACAGCUAGCAGCCUGUCCUCAGCUACACACAGAUCUGGGGGCAUGGGUCCCUCUGCCCCUCAGGAGUGUGCGCAGCAGCAGGGAGCUGGCGCCCCCCAACCUGAGCCCACAGCAGGCAGGCAGUGGGUGGGGGGUGCUGGGCUUUGCUCUACUGAAGGAGCUGCUGCCUCCUGUCAGGGGCAGGGAGCUGUGGGCCUGGGUCCUGUAACCCUGGCAGCUGAGGGCUCCCCCUGGCAGGGCUGGGGAGGUCAGGGUGUGCAGGGGAGUGAGGGGCCUUUCACUUUAAUCAUGGAUUUGGGGAGUUUUAUCAGAGAAUUAGCAGCAGGGUUUAUUUAUCGGAGAAUAAGCAAUUUUUUUAUCAGGGAAACCAGGAUCUCUGGUCAUUAGAGCAGUGUAUGUGAGGUGGGUGCCCGCAGUGUUAUAUGGUGUGUGUUGCACACACGCUUCCCGGGUACUGCUCUGAGACAGGAUCCUAGUGUCAGAGCCCUGUGCCUGCCAUGGGCAGCGGGAGCACUCCCACAGCAGCCCAGCUGCAGCACUGUUGUGUGCUCCGCGCAUGAGUGGCAGCUUGGAGCCAAUGCAUUUGGGGUCAUCCCUUAGGGUGGCUCAGGGUGGAGCAGGCUGAGGGUGCUGUGCAUGGCCCUCGUGGCUGCCAGGCCGGCGCUUGCCCAGCGGAGGCAGCAGUGCUGUGGGUGGGAUCUCCUGUGGGCACGUGCGGGGCAGGGCAUGGAGUAGCAUGUAGGGUGGGUAGGUGUUUUGUGCGCGGUGCCAUAGCCUGGCCACUCCAUCCUCGAGCCUUGGAGCUGGUGCUGCUGGGACACUGCUCUGCACCGCCUGUCCCGGCCCUUCUACUCACCGCAUGCAUGAGCAGUCACCGCUCUCCUGGGGUGGCCAGUGCAGCGAGGCCAUGUGGUGCAGCUGUGGCCAGAGGGGUGGUGGUGUGGGUGGGAAGGACCUGGCACUGAAUGGACACGGGGAGGGGGUGUUUCGGUAGUGUUGUGGGGGGUGUUUUAGCAAAUAGGAAGCUAGGAUUCUGGACUGGUCUAGGGAUUGUCAUGACACCUCCUUCAAUGAGUGAUAGAAAGGCUUUAUGUACUAGAAGUAUUCAAAGUCAAGUCAAAUGAGCCCAAACCAAAGCAGAGUCCAGUAAUUAGUUAUAAGGUGAUGAUUUCUCACCAAACAGGCAUCAAAGAGAAGGUCUGUUUCUCUUCAACUUCUCACGUAAACUGGGCACGGCAGCAGUUGGUGUCAAUGAUUUCUCACUGUUGAAGCGCGCGCUGUUAGCUGUUUCACUGGCUGUGUUAUACCCUUAGUCCCGCAUCUUGAAAGCAUUCUUUUAGUUGUAGAGAAGAGAGUCCCCAGCAGUGAUUGCCAGGAAAAUCCUGUUAAUCCUGCUCAUUAUUGGUAUCAGAAAGUUCCAAUUGGAAUGAAUGACCUUCCUCAGGGACAAGAGGUUAUCCAUUUCUACGAAGUUUGGAACGUAGCUAGAAACUGAUUAACCACCAGGAAGAACACAAGUGUCGUUGGAAAACAAGGUAAAUCACAGAAAAACAACAGAGGCAAAACUAAAUCGGGAGGAGACACCUGUCCCAAACGGAGAAUCUCUCUUCUUGCACAUAAACACGAGUUAAUUGCAAAAUAAAUAUUUACCAUAAUCAGUAAUCAAAGAUAGACAUUUCACAAAGUUACAUGAAAUCCCAUGUCCUGUCCCGGCCUGCACUACUGUUUCUCAGCUUCCUUUAGGGAGUUGCAAGGGAGCGUAGAGAAUGCUUCCUUGUCCUCUGCUCUUUGCUUAUAUGAGUUUUAAGGUGUCUAUCUGUUUCAGUUCCGCCUUUCCCUCCUCUGUCUGUGCUCCCUGUGUCUUUUGUAUAUGCUGGACGUUGAUGUAAGCCAGGGGCUGGUAACUAUUUGGACCUGUGGACCACUGAGGUGGUUCUGGGGAGGUGCAGUGGGCUGGUCAGCACUGCCUACCCUGAAUAGCCCAGAUCCCGUGUGCCCUGUGGUUCCUCCCCCUACUGCCAGCAGUGCGCAGCCUGAGCCCCAACCCCAGCCCACUCUGCACCUGCUCUGGACUCUCCCUGGCCAGAGCGGAUGAGCUGGAACUUGUGUGCAUAGCCCUCAAGGAAACAGAAGGCUAAAUAUACAUCAUAAGAGAAACUUGUAAAAAAAAAAGUACAGAACAGAUGUCCUGUACAUGACAAACACUUCCCUCAGCAAACAUCCCAAGGUAUAGGGUGUUAAAAAUGUCUGAACCAUUCAUUGAUUGUCUGGGGUUUGACAAACAAACCAUCACUUGUACAAGCUACUGCAAAUGUGCCCAUUUGAUAUUGAAAUACCCCAAGACAGGUUUAGUGACACCUCUAAGUAUCCAGUCUGGCUGCUCAGGCCCAUCAGCUGUAAAUUGACCUACGAGAUGUACAAGGUUUACAUGUAGACAAUGCAAGAACAGGAGUCAGGCAAUUAAUAGUUACGGUGUGAUGAUAAACAUCUUUUCCUCCCUGUUUGUUUGGACUCUAAUUGGCCAACUAUCAAGGAAAAAUGCCUUGAAGUUGUACAAUUGAAUAGUAUAAGAACAGAAUUUGCAAGGAAAGUGUGUGCUAUAAAUGAACCAAAGUGUGUGCAUGUGUGUAAAUACACGCACACAGAGCACAAGGCUCUCAUGGGCUGAAGUUCACUUUAUCUAAUUCUGUGUGUGCAAGUAUAUGUUGUCUCUGUCUGGUUAGUCUAUAGGGUGCUAAUUUACUCGGCCAAUUACUUGACUUGAAGCUAACAUGGCUAAGUGUCUCUUUGCUUACCAUCCUUUGCUUCAAACAAUACUUAAAAAUAUCAGGGGGGGGAUGGGGCGGGGAGGAAGAUGGCGAGGAUGGAGUAGUUAACCUUGUUGUCAACUCUAAGUUCCUUGUCGCCGAUCUUGCAUAUCUAUAAGAGGGCUUUACAAAUUCUGUAUUCGUGAGUUGCUUCUCAGCCCUUGGCUAGAACAUAUUCUGUUAAGCAUAUGAAAUCAACAUGACGGCAAUUAGUUGGGAGUUCAGGGCCAGAAUUGAAACUGAAUUCCAUAUGCACCUGAAGCUUCAUGUACCAAUUGCUCAGGAUGAAAUGGCACUUUCUCUCGGCUAUGCUGCAUCUAUGGAGACAACAGUGCAUGGGGACUCUGUGGUUUCUGGCACUUAUGAGCAGAUGCAGAACUCAGCUGAGGCAUCCCAGUUCCUGGAAGCAUCCUUCUCAGGACAGAGGUCCAGUCAGGAGCUGGAUGAAACAACACGAUCUGACAUCUCUGAAAGACUGUCCGUGGAAGAUGUCGAGUCUGAAACUGGCGCCCUUGAGACCACGAACUUAAAGGCCCACAAAGGUGAGGACCAGUGUUGCUUGAAACAUGAGCGUCAGCCUUACAGACCUGAGUAUAGCGUGAUGGUCACAUCUUGUGGCUGAGUAACUGUCCACUUGUGCAGUGGGUGAGGAUAACUUCAUUCCUUAUCUGUUUUGCUAAUCUACAAGGUGAUAUGCUUUAGGCAAGAUGGUUGUGAUUAUUUCUGGAAGAUAUGUCAAAGCAGUCACUUUUUAGCAAACAAACAGCCAACCUGUGUUAGCAGCACAAAUUGCAGGAAUGGGACUUGGACUGGCAUGUUCUCCAAGUAGGUGCGCAAAGAAAA